CCUUCAUGUCUCUUUUUGUGCUCUGCUUCUAUUUAGCCAAAGAAAGAUCCUUUUCCCCCCUCUCAAUAUGUGUCCUCAAGAAUUUUUGUUUUCUGCUCCAUAAAGGUGAUAUAUACUACAUGACUCAUCAAUUUGGUUGUUCGGAUGUUUCAGGAUUAUCUCCGACAGUCGUUUUUUGUCAUCCAGUUAAAAGAAAACUGUUCACUUAGAAUCCAAGCAUCUGGAUCACGUUGAUUGGACUGCGUUCGCUGGUUAUUGCUUGAAUAAAGAGCUGAUGCUAAAAGGGGCUCCUUGAAUGAUUUCUUCGCCUCACCUUCUCUGAGACAUGGCGAGUGGGAUUUGAUGCUUGUCGCUAGACAAUGGAGAGUUUUCAGUUUCUUUAGCAUUCGGUUCUGCAGCUGAUCGAAAAGAUAUGAAGAACAUUCUUAAGAAGCUUCAUAUCAUGCCUAAUCGAUCAGAAGAUGCAGCAGGAUCUAAUUCAUCAAAAGGCCACAACUCCAAUGAUGGUUCAUUCCCUAAGAAGCCAUCAAACUCUCGCUCCCCUCAAAGCUCUGAGCAUAAACCCUUUCCGGGGAUUUCGAGCUGGUUGCACUUGGUUACUAACAGGCAGGGUCCCAGUCCUCCAUCUUCGAAUCUGAAGAGAGGAGAAAGAGUGGAAACAUCUGAUUUACUUAGCAGUGGCGGUUUGGAUACUGUUUCUGAUUCAGCGAUGCGUGAUUCUGGGUCUAGCAGUUCGAGGGAUCCUGAAGUAGAGGAAGAGUAUCAGAUACAAUUGGCUUUAGAGAUGAGUGCAAAGGAGGAUCCCGAGGCAGUGCAGAUUGAGGCUGUUAAGCAGAUCAGCUUGGGUUCUUGUGGCCCUGAUAAUACACCAGCUGAAGUUGUGGCAUACAGAUAUUGGAAUUACAAUGCUCUUGGUUUUGAUGACAAGAUCUUGGAUGGUUUCUAUGAUCUUUAUGGGAUCUUAAAUGAGUCUCAGUCAACCACUGCAAGAAUGCCUUCCCUGGUAGAUCUGCAAGGGACACCAACCUCAGAUAUUGUCACUUGGGAAGCAGUCCUGGUCAAUAGGGCUGCUGAUUCAAAUUUGUUGAAACUUGAGCAGAAAGCCCUGGAGUUGGUUGUCAAGUCAAGACCAGAUUCUGAAGGAGUUAUAAAUAGCAAUUUGGUGCAGAGGCUUGCCAUAUUAGUGGCUGACUACAUGGGUGGACCGGUUACACAUCCUGAAAGCAUGACAAGAGCAUGGAGGAGUCUUAGUUACAGUCUCAAAGCAACUCUUGGUAGCAUGGUUUUGCCACUUGGCUCCUUGACCAUUGGAUUGGCUCGGCAUCGUGCGUUGUUAUUUAAGGUUUUAUCUGAUAGUGUGGGCAUCCCAUGCUGUUUGGUCAAAGGACUACAUUACACAGGUUCUGAUGAUGUGGCCAUGAACUUUGUCAAGGUUGACGGUGGAAGGGAAUACAUUGUUGACCUGAUGGCAGAUCCUGGAACACUUAUUCCAUCUGAUGCACCUGGAUCGCAUAACGAGUAUGAUGAAUCCUUUUUUGUGGGCAGUCCUUUGUCAAGGGACCUUGAUUCCUCUCGGGUAGCGUCAUCAAGCAGUGGGAUUGGAAGUUCAUCUGAAGAAGCUUCAGACUUUGGUACAUUUGAUAAAAGAAACAUAUCAAAACAGAUUGCCUAUUUGGGCAAAGAAUCUUAUGUAAGCAAUCCCAUUUUAGGUGAAGACGAAUCAAAGAGCCCAUUGAAUGAUGAUUUCAGAUGUCCCCCUAAUGUGGAAAAGUUCACAAUGCAGGGAGCUCCGAGUAGACUAAAUCAUCCCUACGCUCAUGCAAGAUCUCCUUCUUGGACUGAAGGGAUCAGUUCCCCUGCAGUACGUAGGAUGAAAGUGAAAGAUGUUUCACAAUAUAUGAUAGAUGCUGCAAAGGGGAAUCCUCAGUUAGCUCAAAAACUUCACGAUGUUUUACUUGAAAGUGGUGUUGUUGCUCCUCCAAACUUGUUUUCUGAAACUUAUCAUGAGCAGUUAGGUGCCCCAAUUGUUGAGACUAACUCCAACACUGAGGAAAACGAAUAUGAACGGGAGUGUGGGAACCUGGAAGCUCAGGCUGCUUCCCACCGAAGUCUUGCUCAAUUCUUGCCUCCUUUGCCUCCCUACAGAGCUCAUCUUAAAGCAACUCCUAGCAGUCAGCUGGAGCAUUCUAAGCCUGUAGAAGGUUUAGGGAUCAACCUUCCUUUUGAUCCUAAGGAAGCAGCUGGACAGCGCCUACAAUCACAUGCAGAAGCAACUCCUAUAAGAUAUGGGAAAAAUGUACCAGUUGCUGCAGCUGCAGCAGCAGCUGCAGCUGUUGUUGCUUCAUCAAUGGUAGUUGCCGUGGCAAGGUCAAGUACUGACUCAACUAUUGAGCUUCCUGUGGCAGCAGCUGCUACUGCUACUGCUGCAGCUGUAGUAGCAACCACUGCGGCUGUUGGUAAGGGAAGUCGGAGUGAUGGAGAUUCAGAUGGUGCUUUUUAUGAACAGAAGGGUAGUGAUCAUGGAGAACAUAGUGGUUUAGGAGCAAACUCAGAAGGUGAGAGAAUAUCUGACAGAUCAAUAAGUAAUGAUAGUACAAAAUCUGAUUCCGCACUAGAUGAUGUUGCUGAGUAUGAAAUUCCAUGGGAGGAUAUCACACUGGGUGAGCGUAUUGGGCUUGGAUCAUAUGGGGAGGUGUACCGGGGUGAAUGGCAUGGAACUGAAGUCGCUGUAAAGAGAUUUUUGGAUCAAGACAUCUAUGGUGAAUCUCUUGAGGAAUUCAUAAGUGAGGUCCGAAUAAUGAAAAGGCUCAGGCAUCCAAAUGUUGUCCUCUUCAUGGGAGCUAUAACUAAACCUCCAAAUCUUUCCAUUGUCACAGAAUUUCUUCCCAGAGGAAGUUUGUAUAGAUUAAUCCACCGGCCUAACAAUCAAUUAGACGAGCGAAGACGACUGAGGAUGGCCCUAGAUGCUGCACGAGGAAUGAACUAUUUGCAUAACUGCUCUCCAGUGAUAGUCCAUCGUGAUUUGAAGUCUCCAAAUCUUCUUGUUGACAAAAACUGGGUUGUGAAGGUAUGCGACUUUGGUUUAUCACGAGUGAAGCACAGUACAUUCCUUUCCUCAAGAUCAACUGCAGGAACAGCAGAGUGGAUGGCUCCAGAAAUGUUGAGAAAUGAGCCUUCAAACGAAAAGUGCGAUGUUUUCAGUUUUGGGGUCAUAUUAUGGGAGCUCUCUACGAUGCGGCAACCCUGGGGAGGAAUGAAUCCAAUGCAAGUUGUUGGUGCUGUGGGUUUCCAACAUCGCCGACUUGAAAUCCCAGAUGAUAUGGACCCUGCCAUUGCGGACAUUAUCAGAAAAUGCUGGCAGACAGAUCCAAAGUUGAGACCGAGCUUUGCUGAAAUAAUGGCAGCUCUGAAGCCAUUGCAGAAGCCAAUAAUUAGUUCGCAAGUGCAAAGAACGAUCGGAGGACAUGAAAAGGCUCAGUCAUCAGGAGCUGCACAAGAGCCAACUGGAUAGAAGACCAAUAAUUAUACAGCUAACUAAACCCUUGUUCAAUCUACUGCAAAAAGUGGAAGGCAAGUUGUGGAGUAUUUGAAAGAGUAAAGAAGUGAUUGGUUGAAGUUGAAACCCAUGACCUCUCGUACAUUCUCAUUCAACGUUGUGAUUCUUUUCACUCCAGUUUUUCCUCACUUUUUUUUUUCUUCCUUCUUUUUUGUUCUCAACAAUCCACAGUGAAGCCAUUGUUUAUGAGGGUUGUAUUGUAUGUACAAUUUGUUUGUAUUAAAUUCUUUUGAAAUUGGUGUAAUCAUCAAUGUCUCAAUUUUGGCGUCCA